CAAACAACAUCGCGUUUACAAAUGUGUCCGAUGAUUAAAGUCUAGAGAAGAGGGCGACGUGGAAGAUGGAGGAUUUUCCAGUCCUGGAGAUGGUGUGCUUGGGUUCAAGCGUGGCUCUCUCCGGUCUAUUUUAUUACAUCUACAGAAAGAAACGCAAAACUGUGGACAAGCUUAAAGAAGCUCCAGUAAUGGCACUGGAUGCGAAGUUAAUCGACCUUUUGAAUGCCACACCAGGGAAAUGUCUGCAAUAUGUGGUCGUUGAGGGUACAGUUCAGCCUGUAGGGGAACCACUGAGGAGUCAGUUUCAGGAAAGCAGCGUUGGUGUCAUCCAGAAACUGGUCCUCAGAGAACACAAACUGGUCUGGAAUAGUUUGGGGAGAAUCUGGACAGACAGUGAGCGUGUGCUGCUUCAGCGGGUCAAUGCCGUUCCCUUUAACCUCCUGGGUUUGAACAAGUCAUUUGUGCGAGUGCUCUGCCCAUUGGAGGCCACGGGUCCCAAAAUGGAGAUCGUCCAUGAAAAGUUCCACCAGGCCACUUACGGAUUCACAGACCUAAUAGGCCAGUACCUGAGCGGAGAGAAACCCAAAGGUCAGCUUGAAACAGAGGAGAUGCUAAAAGUGGGUGCGUCUUUAACCGUAGUAGGAGAGCUCAUCCUAGACACGGAUCGACUCCUUAAAAUCCGUCCGCCCACCGAUGGUUCGGAGUACUUCCUGAGCAGUGCAGACUUCGAGACAUUGCUGAUGGAGCAGGAAGGACAGGCGGAGGUAUGGAGAGUGUUUGCGUGUAUUUGUGCAUUAGCAGGCGUAGCAGUGCUGAUUUGGACGGGACGCAGGUAUUACAGGCAACUAAAACUGCGCUGGGAGCAGGAGAACUUGAGGAGGGAGUUUGAAGGGAUGGGUACGGGAGAGAGAGAGGAGGACAACGGUGUGGAAAACGCCUGCGUCAUUUGCCUGAGUAACCCGAGAGGGUGUGUUCUGCUGGACUGCGGACACGUGUGCUGCUGUUUCCGCUGCUAUCAGGCUUUACCGCAGCCGUUCUGUCCCAUCUGCAGACAGCACAUCAAACGAGUCGUGCCUUUAUAUCAGGCCUAAAAAGACUGAUAACGCAUUUAGUUUUUCAUCUGAGGCUGUCAAAAACUCAAGGUGGUUUAAUGUUAAAUAAAUGGACAGCUGUAUGGAGUUUACAUGAUUUACUGUUAGAAGGAGCCUUAAUCUUAUACUGUGAACAGGACACUUGCAAAGGAAAUUUCUGUAUAAAAUAUGAAAUAUACAGAUAUUAACUAUGGGAAAAUAUAAACUCUGGGAUAUUUACUAUCAAUAUCAGCUAUGGGUAAAAAAGACCACUUUUCUCAGAUUCUCUGGUUUUCUUAAGUAUGAAUUUGAGUCAAAUGUUAAUAUGUGUUUUAUUCUGUAGUGAUCUUAUAUAGUGAACAUUUCUUUAUUCAUUCAUUUUCUUGUCGGCUUAGUCCCUUUAUUAAUCCGGGGUCGCAACAGCGGAAUGAACCGCCAACUUAUCCAGCAAGUUUUUACGCAGCGGAUGCCCUUCCAGCUGCAACCCAUCUCUGGGAAACAUUCACACACACACUCAUACACUACGAUCAAUUUAGCCUACCCAAUUCACCUGUACCGCAUGUCUUUGGACUGUGGGGGAAACCGGAGCACCCGGAGGAAACCCACGCGAAGGCAGGGAGAACAUGCAAACUCCACACAGAAACACCAACUGAGCCAAGGUUCGAACCAGCGACCCAGUGACCUUCUUGCUGUUUGGCGACAGCACUACCUACUGCGCCACUGCCUCGCCAACAUUUCUUUAACAUUUCUUUAACAUUUCAAAUAAAAUAUUGUUACAAUAAGUGAGUUAUUCAGAAUAACAAAUUAAGGGCUCUAUUUUGAUGAUCCAUGCGCAAAGCGCAGGGCGCAAACACAUUAAGGCCGUGUCUGAAUCCACUUUUGCUAUUUUAAGGACGAAAAAAAUCCGCUUUGCGCUGUGGCGCAUGGUCUAACAGGGUUGAGUUUAUUUUCUUAAUGAGUUAUAGGUGUGUUUUGAGAAUAAACCAAUCAGAGUCUCAUCUCCCAUUCCCUUUAAAAUUUAGUUGCGUCGCGCCAAGGCGCAUUUGCUAUUUACAUGGUGGACUUUGUAAGUGGAAAAACUGAACGCUUCAUUCGAGAGAAAACAGUUAAACAGAGCAUCUGCAGCGCGAGAAUGAGAGAAUGAGCCUCCUCAUUAUUUACUUUUACUUUAACUCUCGUGGAUAGGGAAACGCACAGACAUCUAUUAGCCUAUACAUAAUUCAUUUUGUUUGUUAAGCACAAAGAUUUGUUUCAAAACUAUUUCUAAAUUCAGUUCUAAUUUCCAGAAAACUAAUAAAUGAACAACAAUAAUGAAGUGUGAUAAAAAAAAACACACAAGUUAUAGUCUAAUACACAUGCUGUGCCUCCUGACAGGUGUUUAAAUCUAAGCUUGUUUUUAAUAAAACAAAUAUAAAUAUGCAUAUAAUAAACAAUACUGCUGAUAGUAAUACCAGUAUACAAAAGCAAAUUGUCAUGAAUAAACUGAAAAAGCCCCUGAGAUGAUAUUUAUGUAGGCUAGAAAAUAUUAAUUUUUGUAAUAUUUUAGUCCUUUAAUUCUUUUUCAUAUGUAAAGAUAUUUGCGUAUUGCUGUACACCCUGUGUGUUUUAAGCAAUGUGUAAGCGUGGCGACAGCUAACGCGCUCUGCACUGGACUAUAGACCCGAUUUGAUCUGGUCUAUUGAAAAGUAUUUAAGUUACUCAAAAUAGCAACGCGCCAGCAAUGCGCCUUAACACGCCUCCUUUUUUAGACCAGAACGCCUAUGGGCGUACAUAUGAGCUCAAAUGCGAAAUCGUAUCACAUGACUGUAUGCGACCAUUAGAAGAUUAAAACAUGACCUCAAUGGUCAGAAAUUUAAAAUAUUGACCAAUCGCUUACGUUUUCAAAUGUUUAAUCCCGCCCCUUUUUGCAGCACCGUACAACAGAAUUCUGCAUGCUCAAACUCUAUUGUGACCGCAGCAUAAGAGUAUUGAGAUAGGGUUGGAACUAAACUGUAUAAGGCUGCAGCCCUACAGGAACUGAGUUUGACACCCCUGUUCUAAAAUGAGCUUUUGUUUGUAGGGUCAGCAAUUUAUCUUUAAUGGCAAUUAAUGCGUUCUUUUUAUUGCCUUUUAAAGAGAAAUAGCUCAACAUAAAACAUAGGGGGCUGAGAAUGCUCAAUGCUCAUUUUGGUAAAAAAAAAAUUAUAAAUUACAUAAAUAAAGACAGCACUAAUUGAAACAUCACUAAUAAAAGCUUUUGCAUCUGAACUCUUUAAAUGUUUUCAUUUGUUGUCAUUUUAAAAUCAGAGUUAUUCCAUCAAAUAUUAUAGUUAAAACUAAGGAUGUUCCUAUCAGGCUUUUUGGAGCCGAUUUUGAAUACUGAUUCCUCAUCAUGGUGAUCGCCUGAUACAGAGCACACUGCAUAAAGCACAUUUUCCCUCAAAGUAUGAUACUAAAGUAAAGAUCUCUCCUAAGAGAAUAAAUGAAGAAUGCUGCAUAUAAUCCCUUAAACUAGGCGCCUACAACCAUUUAGUGUGGACACGUCAUGGUCAGAAGCAGCUUCACGGAAAAUAGAUCAAAUUUGGUCAGAAAAUAACUAUCAAUGCAAUUUGAAAACACUGCAAUUGAUGGAAGGAUAAUUCAACAUGCCUCAAAGAAAAAAAGUCUGGAGUGCAUAUUUGAUGCAUAAGAAGUUCAAAUGUAUCUUCCUCUGCUUGUAAACCCGUAAACGAACACUAGUGAUUGGUUCAUGUGAUCGGCCAGAUUAGCGAGUACCAAUCGAGUCAUAAAUUGUGAUUAAAACAAUUAAUAUUCUAUUGUCUAAAAUUAAUAUAAACAUGGCACCUUUUAUGCACCAAAAAUCCUCUAAAUUAUUUUAAAUUUGGAAGAAAUGUUUACAGAAUAAAGCAAAAGUGACAUUUCAUUCAAACACAUUACUGUACAUUGUGAAUCCAGAGAAAUUGAGGAUUGUGAGGUUUUCAUCAUACGCACUUUAGUUUCAACAUUUUAGUUACAUUUAACACAUUCUUGUGAAAACCUCUUUCUGCUGAGGAAUAAUAAAAGGUACUUUGCACAGUCAUGAUGACAUAUUUCUGUAGAAAUUUGGAGUUUGUAUCUCACAAGUCUUUAUUUCCCAAAAAUGUUGAGAUGUUAAUUUAGACUUUGUCACACUUGCUGUAGUCCAGUGUUUCUCAAUCAUGUUUCUGGAGGCUGACCAACACUGCGUAUUGGAUGUCUACAUUGUGGGUCACCCAUUGCAGGUCUUUCAGUCUCUACUAAUGAGCUAAUGAUCUGAAUUAGGUGUGUUUGGUCAGGAAGACAUGAAAAAAUGUGCAGAGCCGGUGGUUCUCUAGGAACAUGGUUGAGAAGCACUGCUAUAGUCUAUACUUCUCAGAAUUGCACAUUUAUACAGCAUCCCGCAGUUGUAGGUUAUAAAUUAAGACUUUUCUUACAAUGAGUUCAUUGUAAAUUAAAAACUAUAAGAAUAUUGGAAUAAUAAUAGUAAAAGAAUAGAACAAUUUAUGCUUUGCUGUUAAUUCUAAACUCAUGAUCAGUGGUGUAAAGUAACAAAUUACAAAUUCUCAAACCACUUUAAUUAAGUAGUCUUUCUCAGAAUUGUUAUUUACUAUGUAGUUUUUUAAAAUGUGGACAUUUACUUUCCCUUGAGUCCAUGUUUAGUGCAUUAUUGGUACUUUUACUCCACUACUUUCCUUCAACCUGCAGUCGCUACUUUAUUUUGUCCCGUCUAUGGGGAUUAGAAAACAUCUAACCUAAAAUCAACGUCUAAUGAUGUUACAGCUUGACGCUGUGUGGACGUUAUCACUAUGACAUCUAUCAGCUGUUGGAUUUUGGUUGCCAUACCUGACAAAUGAAUGUCAGCAUUUGACGUCAAUAUGACGUUGGAUUUGGGUCACAGUCUAACACAACCUGAAGUCAACCAAAUAUAAACGUCAUUAUUGGACGUCAAAAUAAUGUUGUCCUUAGACGCUGGCUAGACAUUGAAUUUUGGUCACCUGACGUCAUGACCUAAAUCUUAACCUAAUAUUAACGUCUUAUAAAGUUGUGUGCCUGCUGGACAAUAACUAAAUGAACUACAGAAUGUUACGUUUACACACAUCCACAAGUUACAUGUAAACACAUCAGCAUUUUACAGCGUAGAACUCACGACUCUUGAGUUCUUUUGAAAGGUCUUUUUACUCAUACUUUGAGUAAUAUUUACAACAGAUACUUUUUACUCUACUCGCGCUACAUUUUUUUCAGCGUUUUUUCUCAAAAUUGAAUGUUAUAAGCUUGCAUUGCAUAUUUUUUUCUCAGAACUGCAGGUUUAAAUUCUGCCUUUUUUUCAAGAAAUGUCAUAAAAAGUAAUUUAAUGAAAUCUGACGAAAUAUACACACUAAAGUUGGAAUUUUAACUUUAUUUCUUUUAUUUCAUGGCAGAAAUAAGCUGACUGUACUUAAGCCUAAACUGUACUUGGUUAGGGAUGGACUAUUAGAUAAUAUAUGCUUUGAUAUUUUAAGUAACAUCCUGAUAAACUGAUUUUAUUCUGCAUGGAAUAUUUAAUUCCCUUUACUAGUGUAUCCUUAUGUUUGGCACUUAUCUGUUGGUUGGUUUUUUUUUUAUUAACAAAUAAAACUAAUAAACUGUAUUAAAUACUGUACUGAAUGGCUGGUAUAAAUAAACCUCAACUUACAAGUUAA